AUGGCGUUAGAAGUACUCGCCUCAGAUUCCCAGCAGGCACUGUUCCGUACAUGGGCCGCCGGCAGCGUCUUCAUGCUCAACAUUCACGAUGCACCCAAGAGCCAGUUCCGCGUACUUGCAAAGUUGCUUAAUUGGGUUGAAGGAGAGCAGACCUGGUGUACCCGUUGGGAGGAGUGCUUCGGAGAAGAAUACACAUCGAGGUCUCCUGCUAUUGACGCUUCCGCUGCUGAUACCGCCUCCGAUCUCAACGACGAAGACGCAACCGCUUCCGCUAGCACCGCUUCUGAUGUCGUUCUUAAGGGCCUAAGCACUCUUGCUAUCACCGUUGCUGAUACCAUCCACGAGAACCUAGCCACUACUGCUAUUACACCUUCGGUUAUCAUCCCUGGUAGUGCAGGUACCCCUUCAUCGAUUCCGAACGCUGGCGGCGAUGAUGAAGCCGGUCUCCGCGAGGUAUCUAUCUGGUCCCAAUUCGAUGGUUUUGUGCCCAAACCUAAGGCGAGCUUCAAUCGCGAGUUCUGGCGCCUCUCCAAACACAUGAACUGGACUCGCGAGGAGAGUCGCAGCCAUCGCAUUGAGAUCUUCAAUGCUGAUUGGGAGGCGCACAUUGGUAGUGAACUGGACAACCUAGAACAUUGGCAGGAGUUUUGUCGUCUUUGCAGCAUGAACCCGAUCCCCACUACUAUUCCUGGCUGCAUGGAAGUACUUGCAGAAGUCUUGGUCAACAUAUACGAUCUGCUUGACUCACAGAGGACUGGCGCCAAAGUCAAUGUCUUCGACGAUUUCGACGACUUCAAAAAGUAUACCCUAAAGGGUCGUACGUAUCCAACCGAGAAGGCGAUGGCGGAUACCUUCUUGCCUAUAUUCCUCAAGGAGAUAUUGACCCAGCGCAAUGAGUCGGACCAUCCGCAACCUUCAACAUGA